AUGGAUUCUGAAGUUGCUGCUUUAGUUAUUGAUAACGGUUCCGGUAUGUGUAAGGCCGGUUUCGCCGGUGAUGACGCUCCAAGAGCCGUCUUCCCAUCCAUCGUCGGUAGACCAAGACACCAAGGUAUCAUGGUCGGUAUGGGUCAAAAGGACUCCUACGUCGGUGAUGAAGCUCAAUCAAAGAGAGGUAUCUUGACUCUACGUUACCCAAUUGAACACGGUAUCGUCACAAACUGGGAUGACAUGGAAAAAAUCUGGCAUCACACCUUCUACAACGAAUUAAGAGUUGCCCCAGAAGAACACCCAGUCUUGUUGACCGAAGCUCCAAUGAACCCAAAGUCUAACAGAGAAAAGAUGACCCAAAUCAUGUUCGAAACUUUCAACGUCCCAGCUUUCUACGUCUCCAUCCAAGCUGUUUUGUCUUUAUACUCUUCUGGUAGAACCACUGGUAUCGUUUUAGAUUCCGGUGAUGGUGUCACCCAUGUCGUCCCAAUUUACGCUGGUUUCUCCAUGCCUCACGGUAUCUUGAGAAUCGACUUGGCUGGUAGAGAUUUGACUGACUACUUGAUGAAGAUCUUAAGUGAACGUGGUUACUCUUUCUCCACUACCGCCGAAAGAGAAAUCGUCCGUGAUAUCAAAGAAAAAUUAUGUUACGUCGCUCUAGAUUUCGAACAAGAAAUGCAAACCGCUGCUCAAUCUUCUUCCAUCGAAAAAUCUUACGAAUUGCCAGAUGGUCAAGUUAUCACCAUCGGUAACGAAAGAUUCAGAGCCCCAGAAGCUUUGUUCCACCCAUCUGUCUUAGGUUUGGAAUCCUCUGGUAUUGACCAAACUACUUACAACUCUAUCAUGAAGUGUGAUGUUGAUGUCAGAAAGGAAUUA